AAACACUCAUAUUUCACUAGCUAAUUCCAAUUCCCCACUCUCAACAACAAACUAGCUAGGGCUUCGAGAAGUUUUCAUACUAUGGCUUCCAAGAGCUAUGCAACACUUGCUCUAGUUCUCUCUCUCAACAUCAUCUUCGCCUCCUUGGUCACUGCAUGGCCACCAAAGCCGACCCCGACCCCCACGGUUUCUUGCCCUAAAGACGCCCUCAAAUUAGGCGUCUGCGCCGACGUAUUGGGUAGCUUGCUCAAUGUCACCGUCGGUAAGCCUCCGAAGGAGCCGUGCUGCACUCUCAUCUCGGGCCUUGUCGACCUAGAAGCCGCCGUUUGCCUUUGCACGGCCAUCAAAGCUGACGUUUUGGGCAUUCACCUUGACGUUCCGGUCUCUCUCAGCUUACUCCUCAAUGUUUGUGGCAAGAAUGUCCCUCCUGGCUUCCAAUGCGCUUAAGCGUGAGAGGUCUCAAUUAAUGUGAGUUUGAAGUCCUUUGGAUUACGCGAGUGAGGUGCGAUCAUCAGAUGGUGUUGUCAAAGUGUGGUUUUUUUUUUAUUGUUACGAGUGUUUUGGGUGGUGUACGUUAAAGGGCUAAGUGCCUAAAGUGCUUGUCGAGUUUAUGUUUAUGGGACGAUGCUUAUUAAGUUAUGUAACUCCAUGCAAAGUAAAAAAGAAAGUUGUCAAAGUUGUGCUAUUUCAAUCGAAAUAAACACCUUC